UUUACACAGUAGCUCUUCGACACUUCCGGUUGUGCCGGUCAUGGAGGAUAAAUCCAACGUGAACAAAUUGAAUCACUGCUAUUUUCCAGCUCUUGGAUAAAUACUUAGAGAGUAGUUCAUAUAUGUGAUGUGAAUAUAGUCACAGUUGUGUGUUCGUUCAUUUAGUGUUGAGUUUAGUUGGGUGUUUUUGUGUUUGUGGCGUCGGGGGGGCUGUAACCUUGAUGCAGCUGGAGAAGAAGUAACCGUCCUGAAGAAAACAUGGCAGGUGUUUGUCGUGGUUUGAGCUCCUUGUCAACACAGAUCCUGACACAAGCUGCACUUUCACCCCGCCCCUGGUUUGUGUCUACACGCAGCAAGUUUUACAAAUCAAGGAUCCCAAAAGAGCUCUUUGCAGAGAGGUCGAAAGAACAUGAGAAAUAUGGAGGAGAUCCAGAGCAACCUCAUAAACUGCACAUAGUGACUCGAAUCAAAAGUGUGAUGCGGAGACCAUACUGGGAGAAAGAGAUGGUGAAAGAUCUGGGGCUUGAAAAGGCACACGUCCCAGUGAUACACAAAAAUACUCCUGCAGUUAACAACCGACUUAAAUUUGUAAAGCACCUGGUGAGAGUCCAGCCUCUGAAGACGCCCUAUGGACUCCCUGCUGAACAGGACAUGGCCGAGACUUUCAUUAACAGCAAGGGAGAGCUGAUUGUCCGUCGCCUCCUCCAACCUGUAGAACCCAAGGCCAUUGAAUCCUAGCCUUACUCUCACUAAGUGAAUAAUUCAGUUGUACAUAAAUAUCAUGUAAAGAUGUGUCUCCAUGUGUACCAGUUCAGAUUCUACUUCAGGAAGGUAGCUGACUAUGGGUCUGCAUAAUGAAGCAGGAACAACAGGAUUAUAAAAUGGACUGAUCAAUUUUGCUGUGUAAAAUCUGUCUGUGUUGCAGGUUUGAACGGGUUCCUGAUUUACUCAGUAAAGUUAUUGGUUUGUUUAAUCUACUCAUCAGUCUAUGUCAGUUUGAAUAGCACCAUAUUAAUCACACAUUUCCAUGACAGUUUAGAAACAGAGGGUUGCUCAUUUUCUAUAUAAAACACACUUUAUACGAGCUAGAAUUAAAGACCUUUAAAAAGGAAAUACAUGUA